AUGCCGAUCGCCCAAGAUCGUUUAGAACAACUUCAAGUUCUAAAGUUACUUCAGUCGGUUCGCAACGAGGAUGUCGAUCAAAUCGAGAAGCUGACAACUCACGGAGUUCCUUAUUUGAUCAACUAUUCUGGUAAGUGAAGGAAGUUCUUUGUAUUAAUACAAAAUCAAUUAACCCAGUAACUUGAGAAGAGCAGAGGUGUUAUUCGUCGCCAUAGAUUUUCGCGCGAGUAUCUAUUUGUUUGGGUUCUGCAGGGCGGGAAAUUUAAUAAACAGGAGUUUAUUUUAUUGAAGAUUGCUUCAUACAGAUCAAGUUGCGAUUAGAGAUUUUAACAGCUGCAUUGAAAAGAUACUUUAUCGCUGUAUGCUGGUGGAAACUUCUUACCAAAAUCUAAUUUUCCUUCAAUCGCUUUCUUUCAGGUUCAAAUUUCCAACAUCGUACGUACUGGGAUUAAAACAGAUUUAAAUCUUGUCUGUCAAUUUUACUCAGUGAUUCUUUAACAGUCUGCUUUCUUUGUUAUACAUCGCAAGCAUUUAGAAAGACACCUUUAUUAUAGACAAAAAGAUUAUUGGAUUAGGAGAUCAAUAGUUCAGGUCACAACGCCUUUUUACUUUGUUCAGCUCCAAAAUAGACUCAAAACAGGCGACAGAACUGAAUUUAGUAAUUUUGUGAUUUGCCCAUUGUAUGAUAUGCCUUACUGUCACUCAUUUAUUUAAGCUUAUAAAGUGGGCAGUCAAAUGGUAACGACACAGCCGAAGACAAUUGACUGAAUGUGUGCGGAACUUGCAAGUUUGAGCUAAACAAAUGGUAGCCGGUCAAGUUUUCCUGAUCAUUAAAUGACCAAGAGUCCAAAUAAUCUGCAUUUGUUGCAUCUCUACAUUUGCUUCCAGAUGUAGAAGUUUAAGUCAAUAGGCACCAAUUUACCAAGUACUAAAGAAAUGAAAAAGAACCCUGGUAUCUUACGAUAAUUCAUCUCUAACCUUCACAAAGCCAUCAUCAGAGCUGGAAUUUAAACUGGGGUACAGUUUCUGUAACCUGUGGCAAACUUUUAAUAAUAAUAUAAUAAUGAUUUAGUAUUUAUUAGACGCAAAAUAGCAUUCAAAUAUAUGAUCUAAUGCGUGCAAAACUUUCCAUUUAAGAACUACCAAUAUGUGUCUCACAGUUACCCUCAGGAAACUUGAUGUGUCACUCAAGUAAAACCCUGCCAGGCUGGGUUAGAAACUGGUUGGUUGACCAGCCACAAAAACCCUGUCAUGAAGGCUCCUGUGCCAAUGACUCUCACAAUCUCCAAACAGAGUGCUUGCCUGCGGGACAGGAUACACAUUCCUGGAAACAUAAACCAAGCUUUAAUCAAAAUUUGUAUUUACUUGUUAAUCUAGAACCUGAGAAUGGUGAGACAGGUCUUCAUUUGGCUGCAUGCAAGAAUAACGAGAAGAUGAUCUCAUUUCUUCUUGAUCUUGGUGCAAGUCCAAACAUGGUAGACUUGAAAGGGCGGAGUCCUGCUAUGCGAGCAGCAGAGUUUGGCCAUGUCCAGGCACUGACUCUUUUAACAGAGGCAGAUACAGAUUUGACAAGUAAGGAAUUUAAUAUUUUUAUUUGAAUGAAUUUUAUACAAGAAUAAUAGUCCUGCUAUGCGAGCAGCAGAGUUUGGCCAUGUCCAGGCACUGACUCUUUUAACAGAGGCAGAUACAGAUUUGACAAGUAAGGAAUUUAAUAUUUUUAUUUGAAUGAAUUUUAUACAAGAAUAAUUAUUAUUUGAUUUGUCACUUGCUUAUUUGAUUAUACCUCUUACAGUGUACACUGAAGCAGUUCGCUUAAAUAAAUGUGAUAAUUUUGUUUUAUAAUUUAAUAACUGUGAAAGGCUUGAACCCAAGAAACUCAACCUACUUUUGAAAUUUAGUAUCAGCAAACAUGAUAACUUUUCUCUUUGACAGUCAGAGACGUUGAAGGGAAGGGAAUACUCUUCUACUGUAUCCAGCCUACAAAGCGUCAUCUAGAAUGUCUACAGAUUGCCCUCAAUCAUGGUGCCAGUGUGAACUACGUGGUAGGUUUGAUAUAAUAUAGGUUUGAUGUAUAGUCAGUGGAGGCAAGGUUGUGUUCCCCUGUUGUGUUAGAGGAAACUCUUUGGAACGUCUUUGGACAUCUUUGGAUAUUAUUGGACCCCUACAAAAAAUCCUAGCACUCUCAGGAUAAAAUGUCACACCUCUAACUUAAAAAAAAAUGCAGUUAUAUUAAUGGUGCCAAUUGCAAUGUGAAACUUCCCUGUUUCAACCCUUUCUCCCACUUCAGUAUUCUCCUUAUGAGGCGGUAACCGGUAAAAUUUACCGCUUGAAGCAACACUUCUUACCGCCUGCAACCAAGUGUUACUAAAAUUUAAAAAUAAAUUGUUUCAAAAAUAUGCAAGUUGUGAUCCAAGCCGAUCCCUGCAAGAAAAGGAAGUAAAUAUGGAAAAACAAAAAGUAUACACAGCUAUUCUCCCUAAUUACUUUAUUAGGUGCUGACUGGCACCUUUCAAAGCACUGCAGGCUAACAAUUUUUUCGUGGGCCACUGUCCCAAUUCUAAGCUUUUUCGACCAGCAGGAAAAGUUCGCAACUUCCGCGACUUGUGUUACUAAAUUGACCCUAGCGGCAAAGGCAGCCCUCAUUCGUAGAAUUCUUUGUUUUGAGGUGUUUAAAAUACUUUUCGGUCAAUUGGUUGACAGGAUGCUCGAAAAUAAAAGCCCUCAUGAUCGCGAAGCCCCUCCCCCGGCAGGAGAGUGCGCCUCUGGCACAUAUUUUUGGCCUUACCAGUCAAGAAUGGUCCCUUACCUGCUAAGCUAAAAUUUAGGGAGAACACUGCACUUGCUUUCCCUAAAACAACAAAGGUUCUCAUAAGUUAGUAUGAGGUUUCCCAAUCCAUAAGCUACUUUUAAUUUUUAUUUUAAUUUGAAUUCUUUUCCUUGCUUUUAAACUAGAGUAAAGAUGGUCAGCCUUUACUGUUGGUGGCUGCAGAAGCUGGACUUGAUGACAUUGUAGCUGCACUUCUUAUUGCUGGGGCAGAUCCAAAUAGUGUUCAUGCAGUAUGUUACAAUUCAGAUUUAUAUGAGCUUAUAAAUGAUAUAUAAUGCAGAGUACAGACCUCAAUUAAGAAGAAGAAAUUGCCUAUGAACAUACAUGCAAUGCAAGAGCCAUAGAUACGUGUACACAAUGUCAGUGUAGUCAGGUUUUCCAUACUGCUUUAUGAUUCUCGGUUUUCACGUGACGUCACCAAAAUUCAAGCUUAGGGAAUUAUUGAUUCUUCUGUGUUUCUACUUUCAUAAGGUAUAAGCACAGCUAAACAUCAUUAUUCAUAUAAAUUUUUCAGGUUGAAAGGGUUCUUCAUUUUGCAAUAGAGGACACUUGAAUUUCCAGGCUUUUGCGUGAAGUGGCAUUUAAUAUAGCUGGCAGCCAGGAAAGCUCUUAUUUGGGCUAAAAACGUUACUGAUUUUUUGAGAUUGGUUGGCAUUUUUAUUUUUGAAAACAGAGAAUACAAGUGCAAUCAAACUUUUUUCUGCAAUUUUACUUUUCUUUUAAAUGUUAGAUAACUGGCCAGACAGCCCUUCACGCGGCCUGUGCAGCUGGAAGUGUAGGGUGUGCCAGGGAAAUCUUGGAGGCUGGGGCUGACUAUGAUGCAGUAGACAGUGAAAAUAACCAUUCAGCCCACAAGUGA